AUGGCGACCUGGGCAUAUCCCCCACUUCCCGCAGAGCAGAUCAACCGUGAAGCGGAUACUGCGCUGGCUAAGGAGCUUGAGUGGCUGCUGCAUUCGCUGCAGGACUCACUUGCCUCAUUGAAGGAAGGUCUCCAAGAAUGCGCCGCUCUCCUAGCUCCCCAGGAACCGGGGUCUACCUUGGUGCUGUCCUCGCUCCGGUCGGAAAAUGUGAAGGGCUUCGUGACUAGAGUGGGCACCAAGCUGGUGAAGGGCGACAUCCAACUCCGUCUUGCAUCGCUGCCCCCUCCUCGGGGUGCCCCUAGCAUCCGACUGAACGUGUCGCAGUCACCCGAAGGCCCGGAGUUUGUGCUGCGGCAGCUCGUGUCCAUUCGAGACCUCGUGGCGCAAAGCCUGGAUAUUGUGGACGUGAGCACAUGGACAGGCGACCCUCUCAAUGCAGGUUUCAUCUUCGGCCAAUUACACCUUCUGCACGAGACAAUCAGCGAGGCACGACAUAUGCUUAAGGGUGAAGGAGACGAGACAAGGGGGAACUGGUGCGAUACCAGCGCUAGUGAAAAUAUAUUUGACCCUCCCCUUCCGUCGAAUCUUUCUUUCCAUCUUUCCAUCACAGAUUCCGCGUUGAUCCUCGUUCUUCGAACGUUAGAGCCUGCGGCGCUCAAUCAUGCGCCCACCGCUUUUGCCACAGAUAUCUCCCUGACAGGAUUCUCUUUGCGAGACAGAAUCUUCGGCUCACGGGUGCCAACCCAUGACGAGGCUAACGACCUGUUUCAAUGGCACGGAGAGGCAGUACGCGUCAAGGAGAAGGUCCGGGUGGAGAGCCAGGACCCUAGUCUGAUGGCGGUUAUGGCCAAAUUAACGGCCCUGGAGCAUGAAGUGCUGCGGUGCGUGGCUGCGUUGCGAGUGCUCAUGGGCAAUGAAGAUACAGAAAGCGAGGUGUAG